CUAUGAUACCUUUUAAUAACUCUAUUGGAAGUAACUCACGUGUACCACCAAUUUACAGCAUAAAUAAAUAUCCAAUAUUACCAAACAGUACAUCUGGGAAUGAUUUAUCUAAUCGUAUUCCUCAUUUCUCAACUACCUCUCGUAGAGGUAGACGAUCAGCUAUUCCACCUGAAAUUAGAGAACAAACACGUCGAGUAAGAAAGCAAAAUUUGGAACGUAAACGACGUGCAUGUAUCUCAGAUAAAAUAAAUGCCUUAUAUAAUUUGGCGAUGAAUCUAAUUGGAAUUGAUUCAAAUGAAUGUCAUAAAGUUGAAAAGGCUGAUAUUCUGAAUAUAUGUCAUAGUGUAUUCAAAGGGAUUGCAAAUAUUGUCAAAGAUGAUCCUGAAUUACAAUUACGUUUAAGAAAAUUACGUGAUAAUUUGAAUGGCACAUCAUCCAGUUCAACGUUAUCCUCAUUGGCGGCAUCAACAUCAUCUGUUGAAAUAAUAAAAGAUGAUCCAGUCAGAUUCAUUGAGAAAAUGAAGUUAGAUCAACAAGAAGACAAGUCAUUGAAUAAAUAUCCUCAAUAUCAGAAUGUAUCACCAUCAUCAUCAAAAGUAUUUAUCCCGCCUUCUUCUUCCCUAUCAUCAGUAUACUCUCCAUCAAAUAGUAUUGAGUACCAACAAUAUAUUAAUAGUGAAGAUAAAGAAAAUCUAAAGAUACCAGAAUUAACUAUGAGGAAUGUUUCAUCAUACACAAAGUAUAUACCUAUUACUACUCCUGCUCCUCUACCUCCUCCUAGUGUCAUUCUUACACCCUGUAUGAAUAGUGAUACAUCCCAUUGGGUGCUGUCAUCGCCAUUAUCAUCCUCUGUCAUACAGUCAACUCCACUAAAUAAUGUACAAUUAAAUAAUCUUAUGCAUUUACAAGAACGAAAUAGGCAGUAUGCAUCAACACCGAUACAUCAGCCUACUAAAGUAUUUAAUUCACCAAUCAAUUAUUCUAGAGACAGUGGUUUUGAUAGUAUUCAAUCAAUCGAAAUGACACCAAAUAUCAAACAAAUGUUUACAUCGAAUGAAGAUACUAGUCCAGUUCGAUUGAUGAAUACUUCUGUGUUCAAAGAAACGUCGAAUACAACAUCUUCAAUGUCAUCAGAAAAUUAUCAGUCUGUUCUGUCAAUUCCUGAAUUGAAUAGAUUGCCUGUUUUUGAUGUGAUAAAGAAGUUGAAGGAUACUCCAUUGUCGUUGAGUAGUAGUAGUAGUGAUUCAACUGCAGCCAAUACUAGUGAUAUUUGUUCAUCGAUUGUAGUUACUCAUAGUAACUCAGUUGCUUGUUGUACUAGUGAUCCUUCUGUUACACCUAUGUGGAGACCAUACUUAGAUUAACUGUUUUAAAAAUACUUUUUUUCCACUUUGAUUGGCGCCAUACAGUUUAUUGUAUAUAAUUAGAAUUCUUACAUGCACACAGGACAUUCAUUGUAUAUACAU